UCCCGUGUCACGCGCUGUAUGGUUAACAUUUCAUGCGAACACCGCUACCUGUUCUUGCUUCGCGCCUGUUAGCUCUCUGCUUCUUGCCCUGCAAUCCCUGCUAACCGUGUAGCCGCACCUUCAAUCUCUGCUACGUGCUCCGCCUUCUCUACGCGCUAUUUGUGAAAUCAACGAUAUAUAUUUGAGGGAAAAGACUCCUACUUGGAUUUGAUCUUCUGUGGCCCAGAAGUUUGGAGACCAUGAAUUAUUUUGUAUGCUGCCCAUAGACUUGCGUUAUUAUCGGCUAUAUUUUCAAAUGUUCACAAUGAAAGGACUAAUCGCUGCAGAUAGUUGUUAAUUUAUAUUUUCCCUGUUAUCCUAGAAUAGUUCGUCUCUGGGACAAUGUACUGAAUGAAGUUGCUUCUGGAAAUCAACCGCAGUUCUGGAUGUCAAAGAGAUUACCUAGGCUUCCAAGAUAUCGAAAGUACACUAUCCGGCCUGCGAAAAUUUGCCAAUCAGCAGUUUUUAUAGUCGGCGGGUGACUCUCGUAAUUUUACUUAUUUGAAAAAAUACAAAAUCCCAAAUUCGAGAAAACCCGAAUGCCGGGACCGAGUAAAACCCUAAAAAUUAGUUGUGUCAGCCAAUAAAUCUGCAACAAAGUUUGCAAUUGGAAGCGAUGAAGAAAGGAAAUGUGAAGUUGGUGAGAGAUAACUUCUUGCAAAAAAAUGAGGAUGAUUUUGAAGCUCAAGAUUUGGCUUCAAAGGAGGAGAAUGAUGGAACUUCUUUAGAAGAAGAGGAGAAUGAUAGUUCAGAAGAAGAGGAAGAUGAUAUUUCAGAAGAAGAGGAGUUACAAGACCAUCUAAUAGAUAUUCCAUUUGAAGAGCUCCAAAGAGUGCGUUCUGAUGGUCGAGAAUCAAGCCAUGGUAAAUUCAAGAAAGAGACUAAACCCUCAAGAGCUAAUAAAAAUAGGCCAAUGGAGAUGAGCAGUAAGAAACCUGUUGGAAGACUUAGGGAAGUUGUUCAAGCUCCGAAAAAAGUAAUUCGAGAUCCAAGAUUUGAGUCUUUGUGCGGUAAUUAUGAUGAAAGCAGGUUCAAAAAACUUUAUAGUUUUAUCUUUGAUGAAGAACUGCCAAUGGAACGAAAGAAACUUCAAAAAACCUUGGAGAAAUCAAAGGACCCUAAAGCUGUUGAAGAAAUGAAGAAACACAUUUCUUGGAUUGAUAAUCAACUGCGAACUGUUCAAGAGGGCAAUAAAUAUAGUGAAAAAUUGUCCGAGCAUAAGAAGAAUGAGAAAGAAGCUGUGAAACAAGGGAAACGACCCUUCUACCUUAAAAAAUCUGAGGUGCGGAAGCAGCAACUCAUAGAAAAGUACAAGUCUCUUAAGGCUAGUGGCAAACUUGAAGCUUUUCUUGCCAAGAGAAGACAGAAAAAUGCAGCUAAAGACCAUCGUUAUGUGCCAUAUCGAAGGCCAGACACUGUGCAUUAGUUUCAUUUUUAUAACCUUUUUGCGGUUUAUCUUGGAUUUGGAUGAGCAUGGUGGUAAUCUCCUAUACAAAAGUUUUGUUCUCUUUAUGAGUUUAUUUCAGAAUUUUGUUGAAUACAAUAUAGGAUUUCUAAUGUUUUAUGUGCUACAGAAACAAUGUAUUGUUUCUCAUAUAUUCAAUUUAGUGUUCCUUUAUCGGUCCACAAAGUAAGCUUUAAACGCAGCUUGUGUGUAUUGAGAUAGAUGGAUGAAAAUGCACGUGAUUCGUUGCAUUCAUCUAUACUGAUUGACAUUUAGUACAUCCUCGCGUUGGCUGUCAAUUGCUUGAGAGAUAACUUUUGGGAUUUUGUUCUAUAUAUUCUUGUUAUCUAAAAACAUUGUAGAAGGUUUUCUUUA